CUCUAUAGAAGAUGCAGAAAGAACACUACUUACAAGUUACAAAACAAAACAUCCGUUUCAUCAAAUUCAAAACGAUGGAAAAUAGAAAUCCUGUUUUUCCUCUUCCCCUUUCAAAAUUGUGUUGCGUGUUCUUAAUCUUCAUGAUGAUUCUUGGAAUCAAAUCUCAGGACCAAGUAAUUAAUGAUGUAUUCUGCGUCAGUGAAUGUGGAGCAUGCCCUAAAGUUUGCGCUACUCCGCCACCGGGAGGAACCUCCCAGCCACCACCAAUACCAUCGGUACAACCGCCGCCGCCACACCAUUCCCGGCCCCCUUUACCGCCGUAUUACUACAUGGCGCCUCCGGUACCGCCCGGAGUGUACAUCACCCCAAUAAAACCACCAUCCCUUUCCCACAACAGCCCACCAACUGUCCCGUACUUUUCCCUCCCACCGCCAUCAACUCCGGUGCCUGUUAUGAUGCCACCGCCAUCCCAGCCGGAGACUCAUCGGCGGCCGCCGCCAUCCACUAUGCCUCAGCUGUCUCCGCCUGUAAGUACACCGCCAGCGGCUGGUUCAGGGCAGGGGCAAUAUAACUAUACAUACUACGGCUUCGACAUAUCCGAGGCCGCCGCCUCUAAUGGCAGGGCGUGUGGACCGAUUGUGCUUUUUGCGGUGUUGAUAUUCGUCCUGCCGAAAUGGUGAAAGGGAGUCCCGUUCCUGCAAUAUUUGUUGAGAGAAUUCAAGAUUAGGAACAAAACAUACGGUGUAUUAAAUAUGCAAAACUAGGACUCCUAUCAAACAUUGUAAUUUGCUAUACAGAAAUUAAUAGCAAGGGACAAAGAUGCCCUUAAUGAGUACUCCAACUUAUUUAGGGUUGGUUUGCAACUGCUUUUAAAAAAGCACUUCUCAGCUUUUGGUUUUAAAAAAGUACUAAUUUCCCA